UUUGAUGUGAUCUAAAUGCGCAUGUCAAUGCAGUUAUUCUUGACACGUUACUCUGAGCUUAUACAUCUUCUAUUUCUCUUAUAACACCCCCAAUCACUGAAUACCUAGACUCUGACAGAAGGCCUCAGACUUCUAGACUGAGCAUCUACUAGUUACCCAUACAUUUAGAUCUUAUCGAACAUUAGUAGGCACAAAUAUCAACAGUACCUACCAAAUUAUUGACGCCAACCUUGGAACAUUGCAUCCCUUAUAUCCUGGUGGUUAGACACUACCCUAGGUAGGUAUAUAAAGUCUGAUCCUCGGCACAUCAGUAUGCCAUAAUCCAUCAACUUCAAUGCUAACCUAGAGGCAUCAGAUACUGCAUAAAACCAUACCUACCUAUCCUACAGCGAGCGAGAUAGGGGUAUAACGCGAAGCCGAGCAUAAACUCUCCAAAUCACUAGAUUUGAAAAGUUCGAAAUCCCCUUUCCUCCCACCGCAACUCCUUUAUUCUGUACGCUUCUUUUUUGCAAACAAACUUUGGAUCGUCUUGGUCCUUCCUUUUAAACAGAAAACAACCAACGUUUAUAAAAGACGAGUCGCCGCUACCUCAGUGACACACUUAUACCGCGGCUACGAAAAUGGACGACACCUUGUCCCCCGCUGCCUGUGUCCUCGUAGCGAUCAUUGGCAUCUUGCAUACGCUGUGGUGCUAUACAUCUUUACAGGAUUACAAAGAACAUCAAAGGGAAAUGAUGCUUCAGCAGGAACAGAUGCGCCGGCAGCAGAGACGGGAGGCCAAGCGGAGACAGAUGGUCAAGCCAACAGAGGUGGACGAGCCAACAACUCGACAAGUCAAGCAAGAAAAAGAAGAAGAAGAGGGUGGGAAGGGACAAGACACAGGCAUAUCCUGCUUCGACACUUGCUCCAUAUGCCGAGACACCAGCCCCGACGACCCUCCCGUCACCCUGCCCUGCCGCCACGUCUUCCACAGCGCCUGCAUCGAGCCGUGGCUGUCCUCCUGCAAGGACGCGCCGAACUGCCCCUACUGCCGCCGCGACCUCAUCCACCCCGAGUGCAGACACCCGAUCAGCGCCCGGUACUACACGCCGGGCAGCGACCUCCGCGCGUCCGUGAUCGGGCAGUCGUGCGCCGGGUGCGAGAUCGUGCGGCGCCUGCACGACAUCCUGCCGGCCGUGCUGCGCACCCUCGUCAACGUCGACCUCGCGUGCUCGCCCCCCGCCAACUGCGAGCCGGUGCCGUGGGGGCCGGCCCCGGCGGACGCGGACGACGAGCUCAGCAUCUGGCAGAGGCGCAAGCGCCGCCGGCUGCUCCGCGACCUCGUCGCGCUGCGCGCCUUCGUCGACGAGUGGCUUGCCCUCCCGCGCUUGCUGCGGGAGGCCGCCACCACUACCACCGCCACCGCCACCGCCGCCGACAUCCCGCGGCGCCCGGGGAACCACCAUGUGCUGCGGCUGGACAUGCUGGACCGCGAGGUGUGGGCGCUGAGGGGGCUGCUUGAGAGGAUGCUGCGCGUGGUGCGGGAGGAGUCGGUGGAGAGCGCGUGGCUGGAUGCGGUGCGGAAGCUGUUUGUGUUGGAGGGUGAGGAGGUGGAGGAGGAGGGGGAGGAGGAGUGGGUGCCGAUGUGGUUGGAUGUGCCGGUGGAGGAUCUCAGGGAUGUGCAGGCUUCGUUGGCGAGGAUGCUGAUGGUUCUGAAGAGGGGGAAUAUUCCGCUGCGCAGGCAUGUGUGUGUGUUUUGUAAGUGUAGAGGGAGUAGUGGUGCUGGUACUUGA